AACGCAACAACGAAACAAAGCAAGAAAAAUCAAUAAAAUAGAGAACUUUUAAGGCCUCCUUCUUUCUACGCCGAUACGUUCGUUGUAAAGCGGCUGCAUCAAACGACACACCCUCAGUCUAGUGCUGUAGUUUGUUGACACCAUGGCACAUCCGGUAAAGAGCUUCGUAAAAAUGUGGCCAACAUGGAUCGCUUUGAGUUUACUGGUGUCGCCCUGCGCAAGGCAGAUCCAUGCCGCCACAUUCACGGUAACAUCUCAGGUGUACAUGGACGUAUCGAUUGAUGGCGAGCAGAUAGGGCGCAUCAUUAUCGGGCUAUUCGGUGCAGAGGCUCCAAAAACGGUGGCCAAUUUUCGUCAACUUUGCACCGAAGGAGUAGAUGGAUUUACAUACAAAGGAAGCCGAUUUCACCGCGUGAUUCCCAAGUUUAUGAUCCAAGGUGGCGAUGUCGUGUCGGGCGAUGGCCACGGAGCAAUCAGCAUCUACGGGCAGUACUUUGAGGAUGAGAAUCUGAACAUUAACCACACCUGCUCGGGCUUCUUAGCGAUGGCCAACCGAGGGCCGGACACUAAUGGUUGCCAGUUUUACAUCACGACGAUGCCAACGCCGUGGCUCGACGGAAAGCACACCAUCUUCGGUAAGGUGUUGGAUGGCCAGGGAGUGGUACAUAAAGUGGAACAAGUCAAAACCGACACGGACGAUUAUCCGGUGAAACCGGUCAUCAUCGAUGAUUGCGGUGAUCAUCCGAUGGGAGGCGAGUUUACGGUUUCCGAUGAUCCGUACGACUUGUGGGCAUGGAUUAAGGCUGCCUAUCUGCCGCUCGGGAUGUCCUUCUCCAUUUUGGCCUUCUUUCAGUACAUCAUCCGAAAGCUGGACUCGUACACGAACGUCGAUGAGGAGCAAGACGAAGCGGUGCCCAAAGUUCCUGCCAAAAUCGAUUAAUGAGUAACCCCGGGAGGAGAAGGAUACGAACCAUUUUCGAAUAAACCACUUUU